AUGGAAGGGAUGGCCGCACAGCGAGAACACCUGGGAACCAUCACGUCACCUUACCCACGCGAAGGGCGUCCUGAGAGACUGGCAGAGGAAACAAUCAAAUCCAGACACACGCAUUCGCCUCCUGCCAACGCUCAAAGCUGGACACUGGGACUAUCUCAUUCAUCGUUACAAGCCCAGGGACGAGCGCCUUCCAUAUCCCGAACGACAACUCUUCGACCCCUACAAAAACGUCUUCACGCCCAUUGGCCUAGUCGAUGA